AUGACGACGGAGACGGCGACUGCGACGAUCUUCUUCCCUUCGUCUGAAGACCUCGUUCACGAGGAAAUCGUGUUGCGAAACCCUAAUACCCUUAAACCUUGGUGGAGAUAUCUGAUUUCGAAGUCCGAUUCCCCUUUCAAGGAGCGAUUCGUGAUCUACGAGAGGGCCCUGAAGGCUCUUCCUGGCAGCUACAAACUCUGGUACGCGUAUCUCCGGGAACGCCUCAAUGCUGUGAGGGAUUUACCUGUGAUUCAUCCACAGUACGAGGGCCUUAACAACACAUUCGAGAGAGCUCUUGUGACUAUGCAUCGCAUGCCGAAGAUCUGGCUCAUGUAUCUUCAAACCCUGACGGAGCAGAAGCUGAUUACCAAGACGCGGAGGACUUUCGAUCGAGCUCUCCGUGCUCUUCCGGUCACACAACACGGCCGGAUCUGGGAGUCGUAUCUCGAAUUUGCGAGCCAGGAAGGUAUUCCGGUGGAGACUGCGCUUAGAGUUCACCGGAGGUAUCUCAGGUACGAUCCUAGUCACAUAGAGGAUUUCAUCGAGUUUCUGUUGAAAUCUGGUCGCUGGCAAGAGUCCGCAGAGUCUCUGGCGUCUUUGUUGAAUGGCGAAUUUCAAUCUAGUAAAGGAAAGAGCAAAUAUAGCCUGUGGAUGGAUCUGCUUGAUGUUGUUGUUCACCAUGCGGAUGAGGUUUCAGGUCUCGAUGUGGAUGCGAUCAUCAGGGGAGGGAUUAGAAAGUACAGAGAAGAAGUUGGGAUGCUCUGGAAUUCACUUGCUGAUUACUACGUCAGGAAGGGUUUGCUUGAGAAGGCGAGGGAUAUCUACGAGGAAGGGAUGAUGAAGGCGGUCACAGUGAGAGAUUCAGUGUUGUAUUCGACGUGUACUCGAGAUUUGAGGAAAGUUGUAUUGCGAAAAGAAUGGAAUUAG